UGCAGGCGCACAGCACAGAGGUGACAGACAGACAAAGACAGAGAGAGGUAGAGAGUGUGAGGUGAGACAGAGGGAGGGAGGGAGAAAAAGACAGAGACAGAGAGAGAGAAGAGGAGAUCAUAACUAUCCAUUCUGAGUUUGGGUCAGGAGGCUGUGAUGGAACAACAUUACAACUAACCUAAUUCAAAAGAUACACUACAAUGAAACCACUCAACCACCCACUUCACAGAUCGUCCCAAGUGCUGCGCUGUCUCUGGUCCCUUGGGUGCUGGUUCAAGCCCUGUCCCGUGGGAGAGGGGGGUGUGUCUUCCUCUCGUUCGUGGCUUCGUGGGUUCCUCUUCCUCAAAGUGGUCACUCUUCUCCUCUUCCCCCACUGGACUGCCUUGGGUCUCAUUUUGGGAUGUCCCUUCAGCAUCAAAGCCCUGGUCCUACUCCUAUCUCCUCAAAUCUCCACCAAACCAACUACUGUCUUUCUUUUCCAUCUGGCUCUCGCUGACGCUCUGCUCAUGCUACACUGGAUGCUUCCCAUUGGACAUAAAAUUGCCAUAUGUUUUGGGGUGGACUUCAACAACUUUUUAACACAAGAUCUCCAAAUAUUAUGGUUAAAAAAUGCAUUUACCAUCUUCUCAAACCACCUUCUAGAUGCUCACCUUUUAGCUUCUUUGUUUUUCUUGGGUUUUGUCGGACUUGAAGCCACCAUGGUCUCCCGUUGGCCUCUUCAAACUCGUAAUAUCAGAACAUCCCAUUGGGCACAGCUGGGGUGUUCCCUGGUUUGGGUCCUGGUCCUGUCUGAACUUGUUUUGGUGAUUUUUUCAACAAUCCAAAAUACACAAACUCCGCCCUCUUUCUUCUCAUUGGACACACUGUCUUUCUGCCUGAGGAGAGUUCUGUGGCUGUAUGACUUAUGGGUCCAUUAUAACAUUAUUUAUCACAAACCACAGAAGAGAAGGAGCUCGUUCCAUUAAGACCAUAAAAUGUACACUGCGAAUGAGUGUUAUAUUGUAUAGACAUGGGUUUUGGGCCUAAACUGUAUAAAGAAGUGAACUAAGGGAGUGUGAUGUCACCCCUAGUAAUCGGCUCCAGUCAAAUGAGGCUCAUGAUACUAGCGUUUAUAAGGGCUGAUUUGGAGCCAGUUCCAUAUUAGGAAUUUAUUUACAGACAAAAUUGUGAAAUAAAAACACCAGGGUCAUGUAGACUUAGACUUUAUUUUCAAAAGAGAUGGGUUCAUAUGAGCAUUGCGAUGACAGUUUUUCAGUGUAAAGUCAAUUGGAGGCAGAGACGAUGGAGCUGGUAGCACCCCCAUGCUCACUUCGUCUUUGGAAUACGGCAGCUAGCAGGGUAGCUAUGUCCAUUUACAGUCUAUGGUUUCAGACAGAGUUACUGUCCAAAGAUGUAUCUUUGAAGGGAAGAGUAAAUAGAGUAGAGUAGAGGAAAUGCUUUGAAACAGUCUGGUGAACAGAUAGUGUGGGAACAGAUAAUGGAUAAACACAGAUGAACUCACAUGGGCCAUUAAGGAGCCGUUGAGUCUGCCAGAGCUAACCAGAAAUACUCAACUUAUAUCAACUAAAACCACACCAGAUGGUUACUGGUAUCUCUUUUAAGGGCCAAUAUUACUUUUAUUUAUUUAUUUUCUGAUCUAUGUUAUAAUGUUGUUUACUCAUCAAAAACAUGGAGUUAGAGUUUUGUUUCGUUUACACAUGUUUAAACACACAAUCCCUGAAUAUUUAGGCUAAAUUCUUCUCUCAAACAGAAAACACUCACUUUCACUAAAAUUAUUUUGAUCAUUUCAGCCCUGGGAUUGCCAAUCUCUACUGAACAAAAGGUAAAAGGAAGCUGUUAAAUUGAAAACCACUUUAUGUGUGAAUGAAAACAAAACACAUCUACAGAUAUGUUUUUAAGGUGUUAUAACAUGGCUUAAAGCUCACAAGAGUCAAUUCAGCAUAAUGUAGGACCUUCAAAAGGCAAAUUUGGAUGAGUGAUUUUGAGAUGCUAUGAACAAUAUCAUAAUAGUGGAACACAAUUAGGUAAAGAAAACACAAAACUGCAUGUAAAGGUUAAAUCUUUUAUUAAUUUUAAAAAGCCAAGACAGAAGUUAUAAGUUUCUGGCAACUGGAAGUGAGACAUGCCUUUUAUUUGUACUGCUCUGUCUUCAUUGUUGAGUUCAUUGGACAGUUUAAUAGGUUUCCUCUGAAGUCUAUCUGAUCUCAUUGGUUUUUAAGAGGAAACUCAACAUCACUCUGGUCUCCCUCUGAAACAUUAUGUCUAAACUAUUUAUCAACUUUGACAAUCUCUACAAAUGAAAAUGUUGAUACGAUAUGGUCUCUGUAAAGUUGCAUAACUUAUAAAACAUAUUUAUGUAACACAUCAAACAUGUUUAUUUAAUGUUAUUUAACUGUGUAAAAUUGUAUCAUUGUCAAUGUACUUAUAUUGUAUCAAAUAAACUAUAG